AUGUUCUGCCUCAGGAGCUGGCUGCCGCUCCUCUUCAUCCCCACCAACGCCUCUCCCGCCUUCAUCUUCCUCUUCUUCGUCUGCACAUACUUUCUCAACCGGCCCUGCGUCUACUGUUCCUUCUUGCUGCUCAUCCUCUUCCUCACCUCCUGCAACUGGUCCGACCGGUGCUUCUUCGACUUCAGCAGCAACUGGUUCCUGCCGCGGCCCUCCGUCUCCUAUUUCCCCGAGCUCCUGGUCAAUGGCUCCAUGAGCGUUACGGGCGGUAACUUCACUGCGGCCGUGGCGAAGGAGGUGCUAAAUACCACCGUGGACGUUCUUGUCGGCGCCACGGCCGAUCCCCUGUCUCGUGCGAAGGCCGAGUGGACGGGACUGGGUAUGGAGUGGCUUAGGAGUCUACUGGGCCGCAGAGAAUGGCGGAUCGACUGUUUGGACAUCUAUGUACGUUUAUGA